AUGGCAAAUCUUUUACUCAACCUUGACCUCCUGCUGAGCCAGAAUGGAACCUCAGAAUCAAGCCAGCUCAACAACAACCGCAUCACCCGAGGCAACACGCCAUCUGGAGCUCUCGAACAUGUCCUACAGCCCGAUGCGACUCCCACUCAGAUAGAGGCGAAGCUGUGGAUUGUAGACCGCAUAUUGGAGCCUCAGACGAUUCCGCACUUCAUUGAAGCCACCAUGUUUGGGGUUCUAUCUGACGGGAGUCCGUCAUCUUUCCCACCUCUGUCAGAAGAGGUUGUGAUGCUGAUGCAACAGCCGCUUGCUUCAUGGGCGCCGCCUCUAUUCGAUGUCAGUCAUGAAAUUCCCGUGCAGCAGAUGAUGGUGCGCAUCGGCUCUCAUGAAGAUUCAACUCGGCUAGUGCCCAUUUCAAAGGAGCUUCACUCUAUGAAGUCGAGGCUCUGGGAGGGCAUUAUGCCUCUUUCUGAGAGACGAUGGGAAGAGCUUAAGCUUGACUCGCCCGAAAAUUUCCACGCUGCUUGCCAGUACAUCUGCGCUAUUACAAACACCUUUCAUUAUCUCAAUCUUGCACCUAUCAAGGGAGCCCUUCGCGAGACGUACAGUCUCAUUUGGGCACACUUGAAGGACUUUGAAGACGCAGUGAAUGCUAAGAACAGACUGGAAAACAUGCCCGAAGUUCAAAUCGCAGCUCGAUGGCACGAAUAUAUCAAGGCUCACUUUAAUCUCGUCGCUUUACGCUCUCACCGUUGGGUGGUGAACACCAUUGACCGUCUCCGUGUUCCGAUUCUACAGGAGCUUUCAGGCAUUCCUGCAACGGCCGAAAUUACCCCUAGCCCGGAGGAAUGGACACUGACAAACAAACUUCACGAUUUGUUGGAAAAUGGGGCUCAGGCCGAUUCAGCAAUCUUUUUGCCAAUGGACGGAUACGAGGGUGAAGACCUUGCCGCACAGGAUGACGCCCCGCCGCGACCAGAUGCCUCUGAGCCGUACCGUAGAGAACCCAUCUCCUUUUCGGCGAACGCAGAUGCUCGAAAGGCAGAUUACUAUUUGAGGCUGAAAUAUCUGUCGCGCACUGAGGCAUGGCUUGGCCAGGAGCGAGGCGGUAUGGACAUGCCAGCUGGCUUGCCGACCGGCUUUGAAGUCUUGUCUGAUUAUGCAAAGACGGCUCAAUGUCAAGUAACAGCACAAGAAAAAGUAAGACUUGAGCUUCGAGGAGAGCCGGCACCCAUAGAACAAGAGCAAUGGGUGAUGAAGGCAAACCAGUUUAUUGGUUCCGGAAACAAUUUUGAAUGGGGAUAUGUGGCAUAUCGUAUCUCUCAUGAUCAUACAGAUGAAGAGUGGGAAUCUUUCAAGGCGAAAUUUGAGACUGACAUUGCGAAUUGGGGCCGUGAGCUGAGCAAUGUCGAUACGAUUAGAGAAAGGUCAAAGAUUUAUUGGCGGGAUGCUCGGGAUCUAGGCAUCGCGGAUGGAGACAUUGAUACCCUCAGAACUCAUUUCCAAUCCUUCCGUGACUUGGAAGAGUUUCCAUCUGGCGUUCACAGCGAUAUUCUUCUGGCGGCGGACAAGGGCGUCAUCGACUCAUAUCUCCAUCCAGUACCACAGCAAGGCGGCUUCGUGAUUGCCAUUGACGCAGACCACGAGCCCAAUGAGGUUGAUACAGAGCGCAUGGAUGAAUCUCCGGGCUACAAGGGUGUUGUGCGCGUUCUUGGGAGCUUGCUGUGGGAUGACGUUGGGGCUCUUGUGUUUAUGCAGACGCAGGGUUUGUUUGAGCUGUGGCCGCUUGCGAUGCAUCAUCCUCAGGGAGUGUAUGAGGGACCUCUGGGAGGUUUUUAA